AUGGCAGUUUUCGAUUCCUUCGUCUCCACCCCUAUCGUCUCCGGUCGCGGCUCGUACGACACCACCGGAACUAAGCCCCCGCCCCCCAAGCCAAAGUCCACGAUGUCGGACGAGGAGGUCGUCGGCAUUAACUUUGGCAGAGGCUCAUACGACACUACGGGUACUGAGAAGCCCAAGCCCACAAAGUCAAGUAAGUAG